AUGGUGUUUCUAGCACUGUCGGAGGCCGUGUGGAGGCAAAAAAUAUAUCGACGCCUGAGGGACGUGCUCGGCGACGCGCAGGUCUACGCCGACCACGCCGCCAAGCCCCAGCUCGACGCCGACGAUGUCCGCCUCGCCAUCCAGGCCAAGGUCAACUUCUCCUUCUCCCAGCCGCCGCCCCGCGAGGUUCUACUCGAGUUGGCACGCAGCCGGAACAAGAUCCCGCUGCCCAAGUCUAUCGCUCCACCUGGCUCGAUUCCUCUGCCACCUGAGCAGGACACUUUGUUGAGUGAAAACUACCAGCUCCUACCCGCACUGAAGCCACCAGCUCAGACUGAAGAGGCAGAAGAUGACAAUGAGGGAGCCGACGCAAUCCCUGCCAAUCCUAGUCCAAACUAUUCGCAGGAUCAGAGGGGCAGCGAGCAACAUCAGAGCCAGAGCCAGAGCCAGAGGGUUUCUUUCCAACUGAACGCGGUGGCUGCCGCGGCUGCAAAGCGCCCUCUAGUGACAAUUGAUCAGUUGAACAUGGGCUAACUAACUGAUGCCUGUGUAGCUUGCUGGAACCGCCCUUUCUGGCUAGCGCCCUCCUAUUUCACCAUGAAAAAAUGCUGAUUGUUGAGGAAAGGGAGCAGCCUUGCAAGUAGUGUAAGUAGUAGCCGUGCACCUCUGGUUUAUUAAUUUCUGUGCAUUAUUGUCAACUUGUUGAUUUUAUAGAUCUUGAGCUGUCCCGUCGUUGUUUCUGAAUGCUAAGUCGGUGUUUCUA